AUGCAGGCCCCGCAUGUAUCCCCUUGGGCGCUCGAGUGGAGAUCCGAUCCACCCGAACAGGCCAUCUCAAUUACCAUCACCAGCACCUUAUCAUUACCAGUACCUCACCACCAGCCGACAGCCAUGUCGCGCUCAAUAGCGCUAAUCACCACUCAGCGCCGCAUCUACGCCGACGCCUUUGCAAAAUGGCCUAAGCAAGACCUCCGGCCCGAUUACCAACUCCAAGACAUCCUUAAAGCAGCCGUCGAAGAGCGCUACAAGAACUACAACCCUGCCAUGGAGGCGGAGGAAACUUUGAAGGCGAGAGCUCUUCAGUUCCUUGUGCAAGACAAGUUUAACAAUAGGUAUAAGCUCAAGGGGCCAAUGCUGGAACCAAAGAGCCAGCCGACCUAUUUCCAAGAUCUAGUACGGGAGAUUGAGGAGGCGCCGAGAAGGACGUGGCUGGAACGAUUAGGCAAACGACUAUCCGGAAUGAUUCGACUUCAAUAA